AUGGCCACCGUAAUCGUCUUCGGCCCAACAGGCAACAUUGGCUCCGCCGCCGCGAGAACCGCCCACCAACACGGCGCCAAAGUCUGGCUCGCCAUGCGCGACCCCUCCAAAGCCAUCCCACGCCUCACCGCCGCGGCCGAGAAAGCCGGCAACUACUCGCGCGUCCAGGCCGACCUCAGCAAGCCCGACACCGUCGCCGCGGCCGUCAAGACCGCGGGCGCCACGCGCGCCUUCAUCUACGUCGCCCAGGGCACACCCGACUUCAUGAAGGGCACCGCCGAGGCGCUCAAGAAUUCCGGUGUCGAGCUUGUCGUGCUGCUGAGCAGCUCUACCAUCGGGCACUUGCAGCCGGCGGACGUGCAGCCGAGCGAGUUUAUCCCGUACGCGCAUGCACGGGUCGAGGUCACGCUGGAUGAGGUUUACGGGCCGGGAGGGUAUGUGGCUAUGCGUCCCGGGGGUUUUGCUACAAAUUUGUUGCGGCAAAAGGCAGGGAUUCUCGCAGGGGACGUUAAGAUGUAUGGGCCUGGGUUCAAGAUUGAUUGCGUUACGCCCGGCGAUAUGGGCGGGGUGAUCGGGACGAUUCUGGCCGAGGGGCGGCCGCGGGAUGGGCAGCAAAAGGUUUUUGUGUAUGGCCCGCAGAUUCUGUCGCAGAAGCAGGGGUUGGAGAUUAUUGGCGUGGUGUUGGGGAAGGAAAUCAAGGUCUCGGCCGUUCCCGCGGAGGAGGCGCUGGCGCAGUAUCUCGCAAAGGGUGCUCCCAAGUCAAUGGCGGAGUAUAUGAUUAGGUCGUUAGGGGACACAGACCCCGAGUUAGAGGAUGGUUCGUGGCUGGCACAUUACAAGGAGGGCGUGGAGAAUGUGAAGAAGUAUACGGGGAAGCCUGCCACUGGGUUCCGGGAGUGGGUCGAGGCGAACCCUGAGCUCUUCAAGUGA